GGAGGGGGCGUGGCAGCUCCAGGGUUGGUGAAGCUGGGACCCCGCUCCUCGCACUCCGGCCCGCCAGAGGAGCCGGGCCCCGGCCGCUGUCCACUCGGGCUCCCCGCGCCCUGCGCUCCCCGCGCUCCUCGCGCCGCCGCCCGCUCGCCAUGGAUACCCCCAGGGUCCUGCUCUGCGCCGUCUUCCUCAUCAGCUUCCUGUGGGAUCUACCCGGUUUCCAACAGGCUUCCAUCGCCCCCUCGUCAUCGUCUGCAGAGCUGGGCUCCGCCAAGGGACUGCGAAGCCGCAAGGACGGCAAGACGCCGCCGCGGGAGCCGCGAGAGAGCCGCACGGCGGGGCCGCCCCCAGCGCACCCCGAGACCGAGGCACUGACGCGGCCGCCGCACCCAGAGUCGCCCGGCAGGGGCCCGCGCGUGGUGCCCCACGAGUACAUGCUGUCAAUCUACAGGACUUACUCCAUCGCCGAGAAGCUGGGCAUUAAUGCCAGCUUCUUCCAGUCUUCCAAGUCCGCCAAUACGAUCACCAGCUUUGUAGACCGAGGGCUAGACGAUCUCUCGCACACUCCUCUCCGGAGACAGAAGUAUUUGUUUGAUGUGUCCACCCUCUCAGACAAAGAAGAGCUGGUGGGCGCGGAGCUGCGGCUCUUUCGCCGGGCGACCCCUGCGCCUUGGGGGCCCCCGGCCGGGCGGCUCCGGGUGCAGCUCUUCCCCUGCCACUCGCCGCAGCUGCUGGAUGCGCGGACCCUGCACCCGCAGGGGGCGCCCCGGGCCGGCUGGGAGGUCUUCGACGUGUGGCAGGGCCUGCGCCCCCGGCCCGGGAAGCUGCUGUGCUUGGAGCUGCGCGCCGCCUGGGCCGAGCCGGGCGCCGGGGCGCAGGAGGCGCGCGAAGCGGGGGCCCCUCACCCUGCAGCCCCGGACCUGCGGAGUAUGGGCUUCGGCCGGAGGCUGCGGCCCUCGCAGGAGCGCGCCCUGCUCGUGGUGUUCACGCGAUCGCAGCGCAAGAACCUGUUCGCUGAGAUGCGGGAGCAGCUGGGCUCGGCCGAGGAGGCGGCAGGUGCAGGCGCUGACGCGGGCGCCCCGGGGUCUUGGCCACAGCCGUCGGGCACCCCGGACAUUGCCCUGGGGCCUUGGCUGCCCCCCGCCGGCCGGCGGCUGCGGCGCACGGCUUUCGCCAGCCGCCACGGCAAAAGGCACGGCAAAAAGUCCAGGCUGCGCUGCAGCAAGAAGCCCCUGCACGUGAACUUCAAAGAGCUGGGCUGGGACGACUGGAUCAUCGCGCCCCUGGAGUACGAGGCCUACCACUGCGAGGGCGUGUGCGACUUCCCGCUGCGCUCGCACCUGGAGCCCACCAACCACGCCAUCAUCCAGACCCUCAUGAACUCCAUGGACCCCGGCUCCACCCCGCCCAGCUGCUGCGUGCCCACCAAAUUGACUCCCAUCAGCAUCCUGUACAUUGACGCGGGCAACAACGUGGUCUACAAGCAGUACGAGGACAUGGUGGUGGAGUCCUGCGGCUGCAGGUAGCGGUGUCUGUUCCCGCCGCCGCCUGCGCCCCGGCGCCAGACACCUGAUGGCAGAGGGUGGAGGGAGAGCAGAGAGAGCGUGCGCAGGAAGCCGCCUGGACUAGCAGCACCGGGUGCGAGCUCCGCCCAUCAAGAAACUUCCACCUGCCAGCCCAGAGGGAGAUGGAUUUUCACACCUUGCCUGGUCCACCCUGGAGAAAAAAAAAAAAGCCAAGGAGAAUUUCUUUAGUUCGUUCCCCCCAACCCAGCUCCCUUUCUCCACGUGGCUCAGGAUUUUCUUGUCUACACAGGUGGGGGGAGGAGCAUACUUGGCUCUCAACUUACUCCAUUCAUAGGAAGAAAAUCAGUUUGAGGAGGGAAAUAGCACCAUCACUUUGGACCACUUUUUGGUUUGCUACUUCCCUGUAUGAGGAAGGUGGGGUCUAUCUGGUUAGACCAUGACCCAUGUGUGUGCGUGUGCGUGUGCGUGAAGAGAGGAACUGGCACAGGGAGAGGAAAGCUUGGAAGGGCCCUACCCUUGGAAGAAAGCUCUGAGAGGUGGGUCUAAGUAGGCCUUCCCAACCCACUUGCACACCCUGGGGAGUUAACAGUUCAGCCCUGGCUUCUCCAAAGCAGAGCUAAACCAGCAACCUGCAGCGCACUCCAUGGGACAAUGGAGCUGGUGCUGACUUCACUAUAGGUUUUUUUUUUUUUUUUUUGGUUGGGGGGGGGCGAACUGGUAUGGAUGGAAUGACAAGAAUGAAUCCAAAUGGAACCCCCUGAAGGAUAAUGAAACCACAAGCCCUGCCUUUGACACCAAAGUACUUUAGCCUGGGCAGGAGGUAACCCACCAGAAAAACUUUUCAUGGUGUCUGUUUCUAAUUGAUUUCUUUCAACAGAUUCUGCCAAUACGGACAUCUCCUUUUAAAGAGAAGGUGAUUUCCCAGUCUGAAAAAGUGGGUAGGGGUGGUAAACUAUGUGAGUAAGGGAAGAUCCACAGAGGGGAAAUGACACAAGGAGUGGAACGGAGGCAUCGGCUGGGGGGGGGGGGAGGAGCUUAUCCUCCGGGCUCUCUCUAGGGUGGGGAGCAAGGGGCAGGCCUGGAGCCAGGAGGAGGAUGGCAAGUCCAUCCCCCAAGUUGCUUUAGAAUCUGUGUUUCCUCCCCUUUCCUUGACAUUCCUAAAAGAUUACCAGCCAGCAAUAGCCCCAGGCUCCCCCAAAAGGACUGUUUCAGAUUGUAAUUAUCAGUUAGGCAAUGUUUUUAACUUAGUAAUGAGAAACUGUGAAAAGAGCAAAGUGUUACAUUGAGCUUGGGUAGGAUGAUGGGGAAUGGGCAUUGAAGAAGAGGACUGUGUGUGUGGAAUUUACCUUCCAGAAGCAAGCAGGACAAAAGGCCCGAGGCAUUUAGAUAUCCAUUCCCAGAGUGUCUCCAACACCAACUUUCCCCCAGUCUGCACCAGUGUUAUGUUCAAAACACAUUGCCCAGUGAUAGGUCCUUUGAAGAUUUAGCUUCCUUUUCCUCUUUGACCAUGCAGUGGUUUCAACAAAGGAUCUGUACCAACCAUUGAAAAAACAGUUAGGUUUUUCCUAAGUGAUGUUGCUUUUUCUCUCCAUCUAAACCUGUUGACUGUUUGGUUCAGAGAACUAGGAACUGUCCAAGAAAGGGUGAGAAUGAUAAUAAAUGCUAAUAUAAAAUGCUAAGAAAAAAAAAAGACUUAGCCAGGAGAAAUAAUUUAAAAUGCACAUUUGCGUUGGAUGCACUGUUGUUCUUUAGAAGCUGUAUAUAUUUGUUUAUUUAAAGUGACUGAAAGUGCAAAGAAGAAAUGGACAGUUUGCAAUUCAUCGUAAUGUACAAAACAUUAUAUGCACUCAAAUGUUAUAAUUCCUAAUAUUUUUAAAGUUUAUAUUCGAGUUGUACAAAGUUAAGCAUUAAUCAGAUAUUUCAUUCUUUCAUAAUAUUAUCAUUUCCUUAAAUAUUAUUACAAAAUUUUAAGUCUGUCUAUUGGAGAGUUUCUUUUUUAACUGUCUACCUCACUAUAAUACAAAUAUUUACAACAUUAAAAUUACCAGAGAUCAAUGAAUAUUCAAAAAAAUUUUACAGUACGCUUUUACUGGGUGAUACUCAAUCUAAUACUGUAUCAUUAA